AUUUUUUGCAUAGUACAAAGCGCCGGCAGAAGAAGCAGCAGGAACCGGCAUCGGGAACCCAAACUGUAGGAAGUGGGAAAGCUGGAAAGAAGCGGCGGAGCAAUGGCAAUUCUGAAGUUCUUGCGAAACAAACUGUAACGUAUCUAAGGCACUCUUAGCAGCAGAAACAACGUACAAUUUAUAACAAUCAAACAACAACAAACAAAACAACAGCAUAACAGCACAACAAUAAAUAUGCGCUCCAUGCAUCCCAGUACAUGAUGAAGACGAAUCGGCUGGUGUUGCUGCGGCACGGUGAGAGCGAGUUUAAUCUGGAGAACAAAUUCUGCGGCUGGCACGAUGCGCCACUCACUGAAAACGGUGAACGAGAGGCCUGCAUGGUGGCCACCCCAGCGAUCCUCCAGUCUCAACUUGAUUUCGAUGUGGUGUACACUUCGGUGUUGGAUCGCUCCAAAAAGACCGCCGAUCUGAUACUCAGCAAUAUGAAUCGCGCCUAUGUGCCGGUGAAGGCCGACUGGCGCCUGUGCGAGCGCCACUAUGGGAAUCUGACGGGCUUCAAGAAGCGCGAGAUAGCGAAUAUUUAUGGAGAGGAUCAGGUGCAGGCCUGGCGACGCGGCUACGAUGACGUGCCACCGGCAAUUGAUGUGGAAAAUCGGUAUUACUACACGAUCCGAAACAAUCCCAUCUUCGACGAUGUGCCGGCGGGUCAGUUCCCGCUGACAGAGUCCCUUGGCAUGUGUGUGGAUCGCGUGGAGCCCGUGUGGAAGGAGAUCAAGCAAGAGGUACUCAACGGCACGAGAGUCUUGAUCUGUGUUCAUGGAACGGUUACGCGGGCCCUAGUCAAGCACAUUGAGGGUAUCUCCAAAGAGGCCAUCCAGAAAGUGAACAUUCCCAACUGCAUUCCCCGAGUGUACGAGUUCAACAUGAAGACUGGGGAUCUGCUUGGGGGUGCCAUCAAUCUUGGUGAUCCGGAAUAUAUCAAAAAGAAGACGGCUCAGGUGGCAGCCAUCGGCGAUUAAAUUUAGCGAAAACUUCAAAAUAAAUCGCGAAUUAUUAUGAAUCUACACAGAAGAAGCUCUUGCAGUUGGCGUUGUUCGAGCGUAUAUGCAUACAUAAAAUAUAUUUAAACCAUAAGUUAUAUCCCUAUACACACUAUAUUUUCGACCAAAAAUAUACAGUUACAAAUAAUACUAAAGUUAA